UAGAAGGGAAAGGAGUGGGGCUGAGGGCUGAGUGGUCAGCAGGGGGUAUAUGGGACUGGAUUUUCCCACCUCGAUGUUCCUAGUUAUUUGCUCUCUCCUACCGGUCCUGGGGACCCCAUUCUGUCCACCCGACACACCGAGGUCCCACUCUGAAACCACAGAGGCUGGGUCUGAGCACCCAGAGGCACCCCUACACCACGUAGGUACAGGGGCUGCGAGAGUGCCCAAUCACAGAAAACACCUGGGCAUACUCUAGUCCCUGUGCCCACUCAGAGCUUUCUGAACCCGGGAGUGUUGGAGAGGAUGGGCUGGGACAAGGUUGCUGGUCUUUGCUUAGCUUUGUGUUCCCGCAUAGCCACUGAGGCAUUUGCCAGUAGCAGGAGUGCUUCUUUCAGCGCUCGGUUAAGUUCACGCUACACACCCCUGGGACUGCGGGGCUGUAUUGGGUGUGAGGCUACCCCUCCUCACCCUGUGACAGGUCCUGAGAGGGUGAAGGGAGUAGGGAAGAGACAGGCUGGAGCAGCAGCCACCAAGCAGGCACCUUUUCAGACAGCACUCUACCAUAUCAGCCUCUUAGGGAAGGAAAGGGAAGGGAGUGACAAUUAUAAGCAGAAAGGUAUGUAUCAUAGGAUCAGAGAGCCUAGGAAUUUGUCACACAGCAAAGGGCAGGAAGAAGCAGCUUCCGCUUGGAUUUCAGCUAUGUGGAUAAUUCACUAGCUUCUCUCUGCUUAGAAACAUGCUAGGAAACCAGGAGGGGUGUGUGUGUGUGUGUGUGUGUAUUUUCAGAGGGUAGUGUUCCAGAGGGUGGCCCCCUGUUGGUGUGACAGAAACUCAGGGGUCUUGGGCUCCCUGUUAAGGGCCCCUCCCCUCUUCUCUGCCUCCUACCUUCCUAGCGCCUGCCCCUGCACACAUUCAGGUAUUAAUAGAGCCAAUGGCUGCCAGGAAGGCUGCCAUGUGUUUGAUCUGACGUGGUUUUGCAACCAUAUGUUCUCCACUUCAGGAGAGCACUUCCUCCUUCCCUUCCUCAGCUUCCUUACAUUUGCCGGGGUGGGGUGCAGGGGAAUGUUAGCAGCAGUGCAGGGUCUGUGCUGACACCUUGGGUGGAGAGCUGGCUGCCUAUUGCACUGACUGAGUGCAGUAGUGAUUCCUAGGGAGUACCUGCCCCAGGUGCAUAGGAACGCCCCACUGUUGCAGCCUGGCUUGCUUUCUUGUUAGUGGUUGAGCCUGAACUUAAGAUUGCCCAGCAGGGAGGUAUGAGGAAAAGGUCACUUCCUUAUGGCUGGGAGGAACUUGUCAGCGGUAGAAACGGUGUCUGGAGAGCUUGUCAAGCUCUUUCCCCCAACUCAGCCCAGGCCCCCUUCCCUCCCGAAUGGUCCUGCCUUUGCUUCCUUGGCCACUGGCUGAGAAUGAGCCUUCUGACACAGAAGCUAAAUUCUGGAAGAGGAUGAGGGAUAUUUCCAGAGACAGGGUCUCUCUCAAGCAGAAUGACACAUUCUUGUUCCCACCUCCCAGGCCUGAAACUCAUGGGAGCCCCAGUGAAGCUGACUGUGUCUCAGGGGCAGCCGGUGAAGCUCAACUGCAGCGUGGAGGGGAUGGAGGAGCCUGAGAUACAGUGGGUGAAGGAUGGGGCUGUGGUCCAGAGCGUGGAUCAGGUGUACAUCCCAGUCAGUGAGCAGCACUGGAUUGGCUUCCUCAGCCUGAAGUCAGUGGAGCGCUCUGAUGCGGGCCGAUACUGGUGCCAGGUGGAGGAUGGGGGCGAAACUGAGACUUCCCAGCCAGUGUGGCUCACAGUAGAAGGUGUGCCAUUUUUCACUGUGGAACCAAAAGAUCUGGCAGUGCCACCCAAUGCCCCCUUCCAACUGUCUUGUGAGGCCGUGGGUCCCCCAGAACCUGUUACCAUUGUCUGGUGGAGAGGAGGCACGAAGGUUGGGGAACCUGCUCCCUCUCCUUCCGUUUUAAAUGUAACAGGGGUGACCCAGAGCACCGUGUUCUCCUGUGAAGCUCACAACUUAAAAGGCCUGGCCUCUUCUCGUCCAGCCACUGUUCGUCUUCAAGCACUGCCUGCAGCCCCCUUCAACAUCACAGUGACGAAGCUCUCCAGCAGCAACGCUAGUGUGACCUGGACACCAGGUGCCGAUGGCCUAGCUCUGCUCCAAUCCUGUACAGUCCAGGUGACUCAGGCCCCAGGAGGCUGGGAGGUCCUGGCUGUCGUGGUCCCUGUGCCACCUUUUACCUGCCUGCUCCGGGACCUGGCACCUGCCACCAACUAUAGCCUCAGGGUUCGCUGUGCCAAUGCCUUGGGGCCUUCUCCAUAUGCUGACUGGGUGCCCUUUCGGACAAAAGGUCUAGCCCCAGCCAGUGCUCCCCAGCACCUUCAUGCCAUCCGCACAGACUCGGGCCUCAUCCUGGAGUGGGAAGAAGUAAUCCCCAAGGGCCCUCUGGAAGGCCCCCUGGGCCCCUAUAAACUGUCCUGGGCCCAAGACAAUGGAACCCAGGGUGAGCUGACAGUGGAGGGGACCAGGGCCAACCUGACGGGCUGGGACCCCCAGAAGGACCUGACUGUGCGUGUGUGCGUCUCCAAUGCAGUUGGCUGUGGGCCCUGGAGUCAGCCGCUGGUGGUCUCUUCUCACGACCAUGCAGGCCAGCAGGGUGCUCCCCACAGCCGCACGUCCUGGGUGCCUGUGGUCCUGGGUGUGCUGACAGCCCUGGUGACAGCCGCUGCCCUGGCCCUCAUCCUACUUCGAAAGAGGCGGAAGGAAACACGGUUUGGGCAAGCCUUUGACACUGUCAUGGCCCGGGGGGAGCCAGCCGUUCACUUCCGGGCAGCACGGUCCUUCAAUCGGGAAAGGCCCGAGCGCAUUGAGGCCACACUGGACAGCUUGGGCAUCAGCGAUGAGCUGAAGGACAAACUGGAGGAUGUGCUCAUCCCAGAGCAGCAGUUCACCCUGGGCCGGAUGUUGGGCAAAGGAGAGUUUGGUUCAGUGCGGGAGGCCCAGUUGAAGCAGGAGGAUGGCUCCUUUGUGAAAGUGGCUGUAAAGAUGCUGAAAGCUGACAUCAUUGCCUCAAGUGACAUUGAAGAGUUCCUCAGAGAAGCGGCUUGCAUGAAGGAGUUUGACCAUCCACACGUGGCCACACUUGUUGGGGUGAGCCUCCGGAGCAGGGCCAAAGGUCGUCUCCCCAUCCCCAUGGUCAUCUUGCCCUUCAUGAAGCAUGGGGACCUGCACGCCUUCCUGCUCGCCUCCCGGAUUGGGGAGAACCCCUUUAACCUGCCCCUGCAGACCCUGGUCCGGUUCAUGGUGGACAUUGCCUGUGGCAUGGAGUACCAGUCCCGGAACUUUAUCCACCGAGACCUGGCUGCUCGGAACUGCAUGCUGGCAGAAGACAUGACGGUGUGUGUGGCCGACUUUGGACUCUCCCGGAAGAUCUAUAGCGGGGACUACUAUCGCCAGGGUUGUGCCUCCAAAUUGCCUGUCAAGUGGCUGGCCCUGGAGAGCCUGGCUGACAACCUGUAUACUGUGCACAGUGAUGUGUGGGCCUUCGGGGUGACCAUGUGGGAGAUUGUGACUCGUGGGCAGACGCCAUAUGCUGGCAUUGAGAACGCUGAGAUUUACAACUACCUCAUCGGCGGGAACCGCCUGAAACAGCCUCCGGAGUGUAUGGAGGACGUGUAUGAGCUCAUGUACCAAUGCUGGAGCGCCGACCCCAAGCAGCGCCCAAGCUUCACGUGUCUGCGAAUGGAGCUGGAGAACAUCCUGGGCCGCCUGUCCGUGCUGUCCACCAGCCAGGACCCCUUGUACAUCAACCUGGAGGGAGCCCAGGAGCCUGCCGAGGGAGGCAGCCUGGAGCUGCCUGGCGGGGACCAGGCUGCCGAUGGGGCUGGGGAUGGCAGCGACUUGGGGGCAGUGGGGGGCACUCCCAGUGACUAUCGGUACAUCCUCAGCUCUGGGGGGCUGGCCGAGAGGCCCGGGCAGGAGGAACAGCAGCCAGAAAGCCCCCUCAAUGAGGCCCAGAGGCUGCUGCUGCUGCAGCAAGGGCUACUUCCCCACAGUAGCUGUUAGCCCACAGGCGGAGGGCAUCCGGGGCCAUGUGGCCCCGCUGUGCUGGCUGACUAAGCCCCGUCUGACCCCAGCCCAGGCAGCAGGGUGUGGAGGCUCCUGUGGUAGUCCUCCCAAGCUGUGCUGGAAGCCUGGACUGACCAAAUCA